ACUUCACUUCACUUCACUUCACACUCCGCCGAGUCUCACUCAGCAGAGCCGCGGCGUUGACUUCAACUAUUCUCGGACUUUCUUCAUGAAGUGAGUCUUAACAAGUAGAAAGUAGUCCGGUCGCUAUUUAAGGAUGUUUCUUGGACUUGUGACGUUGGCGCUGCUGACGGCCUGCCGGGCGUCCGAGUACGAGCAACAUGUGAGCUGGAAGUGGGACUCGUACCAGGGAGGGCGCAGCUACGGCAAGCCGCCGCAGUGCGUGGACAUCCCGGAGGACCUGCGGCUGUGUCACCAGGUGGGCUACGGACAGAUGCUGCUGCCCAACCUGCUGGAGCAUGAGAGCCUGGCGGAGGUGAAGCAGCAGGCGGGCAGCUGGGUGCCGCUGGUGCACAAGAGGUGUCACCCGGGCACGCAGCUCUUCCUCUGCUCGCUCUUCGCGCCCGUCUGCCUGGAUACACCCAUCCUGCCCUGCCGCUGGCUGUGCGAGGCCGUGCGGGACGGCUGCAGCCCCAUCAUGGAGUCCUUCGGCUUCCCCUGGCCGGAGAUGCUCACCUGCGACAAGUUUCCUCAAGACGACGUCUGCAUCGCCAUGUCUCAGCCCAACGCCACCCAGCCCACCGAGCACACAGGUUACUCCCCCAUCUGCCCUCCCUGUGACAAUGAAAUGAAAAUAGAUGCCAUGCUGGAGCACAUGUGUGCCAGCGAGUUUGCCUUCAAGACCAAGAUCAAGGAGGUCAAGCGAGAGAACAUGGACCGCAAGGUGACAUUUCAGAAGAGGAAGAAGAUGUUGAAGGCGGGAAGCUUGAAGAAGAAGGACAUGAAAAAGCUGGUGAUGUACUUGAAGAACGGCGCUGACUGCCCGUGCCAGCAGCUGGACAACCUGGGGAACCAGUAUCUCAUCAUGGGCCGUAAGGUGGACAAACAGUUCCUGCUCACGGGCAUCCACAAGUGGGACAAGACCAGCAAAGAGUUCAAAAAGGCCAUCAAGAAACUGAAGAGCCACAAGUGCCCUGCUUUCGAGAAUGUCUUCAAAUAAGACGACCUCCCGUUCUUUGGUCUCGUCUCCUCUUGCAUAUGAACUUGCACAAACGCCCAAACUUUACUUUUUUAUUGUCUUGUUUAUAGCGAUACAGUACAUCUUUGUGUUCACAGGUAUCAUUUUAACUGUCCUUGAUUGAUGACAUAUUGAAGAGUUAAGUUUCCUUUUUUUUACCAGCUUUUAAACUGGGGAACUGCACUUGUUUUGGAAUGUUGCCAAUAGUUCAUAAUACUUAUAAGAGACAAGAAGACUAAAUUAUUUUAUUUUUUUUCGCUUUCUGUCAGGUUCAAACACUGAUGACAUCUAUUAAUCAGACAAGAAGCAAGGAACCAUGCAGAGACAGAGUUCAAUUUAGCUAAUGAGGAGAACGCAUGGAGCUGCACACUUAGUCACAGCUCCCGCGUCCCUCUAUUUAUUCAGGAGUUCCACAGUCAACAUCACCGAGGCCGCCUCUAAAAGGAGUGGUCACAUAUAUCAUGCAAAGCAGGUGCAGGACGCACAAUACGUGACGGAAUGUGCUGGGGGCCUUGUGAUUUCGCCUUGUCUCCGCUUCGUCUGCGUGCUGUCGUCUUAUCUUCUUUGAGGUCCUCGAAGUCCUUGGCUGUUAGCGGGCUAAAACAAAGAUAAUAUCUGCGGCUGAGGCCACCCCUCAGACAAGAAGUUUCAUCCCUGCACAGAUACAAAAGUCAAACCUGAGCACAAUAGCUAAUAACUAUAGCAACGGACUUUAAGCAUACUAAAGUUGUGUGAUAAUAUAUAUACAUGAUUAUUCUAACACGUUCUAACAUAAAAAUCGGCCCGUUUUAGGUGGGUAGCAAUGCAGCUAAUGGGAACAAUCAUUUCUACCUCUAAAUCACUAAAAAAAAAAAUUAAAAUACCGUCAACAAUAUUUCAUUUACAUUACGUAACCUGUAUAAUAACCAAUCUGUAGCAACAUUGUUAUUGUAAGAGCAAACACAGAGGAACUAUUUUUCUAGCGUAGUAACACAUUUAGAGUUAAAGUACCAGUGAUUGUCACACUGCCAGGUUCAAACACUGAUGACAUAUUUGAAACAGACGAGAAGCAAGGAAUCACGCAGGGACAGGGUUCAAUUUUGCUCAAUUGAGGAGACGCGUUUUUUGGGGCUGUAUUCUAGUUACAGAUCCAAACUACGUUCUAAAGUCUAGCCCACGUGCUUCCUCUAUUUAUUUGGGAGGUCCCUGUUACAUCACUGAAGCUGUCGCUGAGGGAAGGGGGUAAUCUCGACAGCUCCGGUUAGACACAAUAUAUGAUUAUACAAGAAAUGCAAAGGUGUUGACGCUGGUGAUAUCGCCUUGUCUCUGCUCUGUCUGCGUCACGGCGGUGUUCGGCCUUGCCAGUCAGCAGGCCGUUCCUGGACACAAACACUGAUUCCAGACUGGCUUGCAAUCUUUUGGAUUGCCAGCUUUGCACAGACAAAGAAAAAUACCACUUCAGCACAAUUGAUAAUAACUAUAGCAACGGCCCUUAAGCAUAAGAGUUGUGUGAUAAUAUAUACAUAAUUAUUCUAACACACACACACACGCUAGGUGUGGGGAAAUUUGUCCUCUGCAUUUGACCCAUCCCCUUGCUCACCGCCUGGGAGGUGAGGGGAGCAGUGAGCAGCAACGGCGUCCACGCCCGGGAAUCAUUUUUUGGUGAUUUAACCCCCAAUUCCAACCCUUGAUGCUGAGUGCCAAGCAGGGAGGUAAUGGGUCCAAUUUUUAUAGUCUUUGGUAUGACUCGGCCGGGGUUUGAACUCACAAUCUACCGAUCUCAGGGCACUAGGCCACAUCAUGCUCCGGUAUUAGCUGUAAAAGCUAACUACAGCAAGAGAUAAGAUAGCUUCUUCAACAACACGAAACACGUUUGAGUUUAUAAUGCACACCACUGCGAUGGGACACCAUUCUGUACUGACCGAAAAACAGGAACAAUCAUAUUACAGUAUUUGUAAAGUAUUAUUUCAGGUUUUGUUUGUACACAGCUAGCUACACAGUAGUGUACGGUGCAUGUGUUAUGAUCAAUAGUAUGGUGACUCACUCGGUGGACAGUUGUUCGUUUGGUCAAGCUGGCCGGGGACGUUUCCACUUGAUUUGGGUAAGCACUCCAAUAAUUCGGCUCAAAAUACCUUGGCUCAAAACUCCCAGAUUAGCGGCGUGACCAUGUUGCACCGACCUCACUCUCUGGGUUUCCGUCUGCUCCAACGUCUCACCUUCUUUCUUGUGCUCGCUUUUAUAGGCAGCAGUUCGUCCUCAGUAUAUUCAGCUUCAAAAAGAUAAGUUUGUGAAUCCUCAUUUGUCCAAAAAUAGUCGUCUUUGUUGUCUAUUACUAAAUCUGGCAUGACUACAACACACGCGUGUUUGUUUGUAGGAAGUAGAAACGCAGUGGAUGGCGGAGGUCGGAUGCACCCGAGAAGGAAGUCAGGCUACAAAUUAAAAUGACCAAAAUACAGUAAAUAUUGUACAUGUUACAUAUUGUUAUGAACGUGUCUGUUACUACAUUAUAUAUAUAAUUGAGUGUGUAAAUAAAACGUUGGUGGAGGGUUUUGAACUUGUUUUAGGGCAGGGGUGUCCAAACUUUUUCCACUGAGGGCCGCACACGUAAAAAUUAAAGCAUUUGGGGGCCAUUUUGAUAUUUUUCCUUUUUAAACUAUAACAAAAUAUAUGGAUUUUUAAAAUGUAUUUUACCUUUAGGGGUCCCAGGGACCAUAAAGGGUCUCAGUCAUUAAAAUGUUAAAAAUAAGUCAAAUAAUUUUUAAUUUUUUUAAAUUUAACGCUUACAGUAAAUCUCUAUAUCAACUUCAAGUUGAUAUAAAGUAAUUAAAAAAAAAAAAAGUUUUAUGGCUUUUAUGGCAAAAACAACUUGGUUUUUUAUAGUAAAACUGAAAUAUGCAGUAUUUAGUAAUUAGAGCCCUAAAAGAUCAAUAAUGCAUUGAUUUUAAUUCUUUAAUAUUUUUGAGUAAUCACAGUGAAAAGAUAAAUAAAAUACCACUAAAUAUAUUUGGGAUCCAAAAGGUGCCCCGCUCAUAAAGUGAUACGUUUUUAUUAGGUUUUUCCAUUUACUUUCAACACUUAAGUUAGGAGAUCAACUUCAGAUAUAUCUGUCCAUUUUACGUUUGAACUGUUAUUUUGUUCGUUUUAUGCUCUUUUGUCAAAUAAAACGUUGAUGUUUUUAUAUGGCAACUACACAAUAUAUGCAAUAUUUACCACAUCAAACAUUUUAAAGUGAAAUAUUUGAAGUCAUUGGAGCCUUGAAAAUAAUUCAUUAUAACAUGGAUUUUUUUGGCAUUAUUAUUUUUUUUGGAGCAAUGGCAAAAAAAGAAAAAUAAAGAAAGACGAAAGAAAAAAAACAGCCUGCAUGGCAGCUUUUGUGUCAACAUUGCAACUUUUUCUCGUUAGUUUUCACCACAUUAAUUUUUAUUUUUGCAAUAGCAUCUCCAGAAUGAGUGGCGGGCCGGUAAACAAUUAGCUGGGGCCGCACUUUGGACACCCCUGUUUUAGGGGCUUUGAAGGCUACAACUGUGACUCCCUUUAGCCGCAUCUUGAAGGCAAUGUUUUAUCAUAAAAAAAAACAUUACCUGUGUUCUUGUCUCUCCUGAUUGUGAACGAUCGUCAAAAUUCCCCAUAAAGUGCAGUUCCCCUUUAAAGUAUGUAUCCCAAUGUGCACCACAUCCAUCUAGUAAAUGCUUUCUCACACUUACUGUACAUGUCUGCUCAUUUUUGCUUGUAGGUAUCGGAAAUUAUAGCUAUAAAAACCGAUAUUAUGCUGCAGCCAUUGUAGAAGCGUACUCCUAUUGUUAUUGGCAUAAAGUACAUUUAAGAACAAAUAGAGCAAUUAGUGUUACAAAAGAAUAAAUGCUUAAAACAAGAAUAAUGUCAGUGUUAUAUGGGAGUAGAAUUCAGAACCAUGCCAGAUGUUUCCGAACAAUAUAUUUGUGAUUCUUGGGCAAGCUAAAGAGCGGUAUUUACCAACAUGUACUCAUGCAUUCUGUCCAAAUAUUGUCCUUUUUCUUUCACCGUGUACUUGCAGUAAUCGGUGAAAUGAACACAAGGUAAUUGUCGUUUUUAAAAUGCAAAAUGUUGAAUGUUUUGCCUGGUGUUGCUGAUCUGUUUGUCAUGACUGGAAUGCAUAUGUGGACAUACACAUUUUACAUAAAUAUGGAAA